AUGGGAAAGCAAGGACCUUGCUAUCACUGUGGUGUUACAAACACCCCUCUUUGGCGUAAUGGGCCACCAGAGAAGCCAGUCCUUUGCAAUGCGUGUGGAUCACGUUGGAGGACAAAAGGAACACUUGCAAACUAUACCCCACUGCAUUCUAGGGCAGAACCUGACGAAUUUGAGGAUUACAGGAUUUCAAGAGUGAAAAGCAUAUUGGUUAAGAACAAAGAGGGAAAGGUGCUAAAAAGAAAGCAGAAUCAUGAAAAUGCAGUACUUGGAGGGGCUGCUCCUGACUAUAAUCGGAGUCUUAGGAAGGCUCUAGAUGAAGAUACAAGUAAUAGAUCAAGUUCUGGUUCUGCCAUAUCUAACUCUGAGAGCUGUGUGCAGUUUUGCAGUGCAGAUGCAAGUGAUUUGACAGGCCCAGCCCAAUCCAUUGUAUGGGAUGCAAUGGUACCAUCAAAGAAGAGGACUGGUGUCAGUCGUCCAAAGCCAUCUCCGGUUGAGAAACUUACUAAAGAUUUAUGUACCAUCUUACAUGAACAACAGUCGUCAUACUUCUCUGGAUCUUCUGAGGAGGAUUUGCUUAUUGAAAGUGAUAAACCAAUGGUAUCUGUUGAGAUUGGACAUGGAAGUGUACUUAUUAGGCAUCCGAGUUCAAUAGCUCGAGAAGAAGAAUCUGAAGUUAGCUCUCUUUCAGUUGAUAACAAGCUACACCCCACCAAUGAGGCAUAUUCACGGUUGUCUACCUUUCCCGUGCACAUUAAUAACAAGGGUGUCAACUUUCCAAGUCCAGGGAUGGGGAAAAUCAAGAAGGGUUCUGAACAGGCAAUGGAACAAGAACAAAUUAAAAGGGACAAGGCUCAGCAUGAAAAACUCCAUAUUCUGGGAAGUUAUAACUCCCUGCUAUGUUAUGUAGACCUAAAAGAUGCUCUAAACUUCAACGAAUUUGUUCGUCAUUUGACACAUGAUGAACAAAAGCAACUGCUGAAGUACUUACCUUCUGUUGAUAUUGGCAGACUUCCUGACAGCCUCAAAAGCAUGUUUGAUAGCCCUCAAUUCAAGGAGAACCUAUCCUCCUUCCAGAAACUUCUUGCAGAAGGUGUUUUUGAUUUCUCUUUAUCAGGAAAGGAAACUGAGGAGCGUAAAACUUUGAAGAGGCUUGCUUUAUGCAAUUCAACAAAAUCCAAAUGGGUGGAGCACUAUAAUCUACUCAAGGAUGUGACAUGUAGAAGUAACACUGGUGAAUCUGUAGUCAAUGGAGAACUUAAUGCCAUUGCAGCUGGUCAUUCAGUAAAUGCAAAGGGAUCAAAAGAUUUCCAAUAUCAGAAAUUUCCAGGAGCAAAGAUGAUAAUGAAGAGUCCCAAGAGGGUGAUUAUGAAAGCCAGCUAUGAACACAAGGAACUUGGAGAAAACGAUGGCUCCUGCUUCAGUCCGAAAAGCCUAUUCGCCGUGCCUCCUGAUAAUAGCUCCCUCGUGCUUGACUCUUUCCAUUUUGCUGAUGAGUAUUCUGAUCAGGAUCUGCUGCUGGAUGUGCCAUCCAAUAGCUUCUUCCCACAAGCAGAACUUCUCAUCCCAACUUCCAGUUUUGGCGCCCAAGCAAGCACUAGUAGUAGCUCAUUAUACCCAAAGCUUGUCUAUCCCUGACAAUGCAUGUUGAGAUGUGAUUCCAUUACUUGGGCUAUUUAGGUAGCACCUCUGCGAUAAUUCAUGAUGUGCUACACAUUUUACAUGCCAAACAUACUGAUUUCUAAAAUGAGGUGCAAUGUUUGCCUUUCCUUCUUUUUGUUAAACUGGAAUGCCAAGGUAUGAAUAUGGCUGGUUUUUUUUUUUUUUUUUUUAUAUGUAUAGGGUGGGGCCAUAGUUUGAUGAAAAGAUUGUAAUAUAUAGUUCAAUAUGCAGAAGAGGU